UCCCUCCCUCCUUCCAUCAUCCGGGUCCUGGGCAGGCGAAGGUCCUGCGCUCGUUCCGCGGCCCAGCUGCUAAUAAAGUUGCAGCGCGUGAAGCGCAGCGACAGCGCGGAGAGUGCGCGCCGGACGGCCCGAGACACUGAACUCAUUUUUCUAAGAAGUGACAGAAGACAUCAGUCAGAAGUGUAUUAUCACAUUCUAUCUUCAUGAACCAACAGCAAGCUAAAGAAUGCCGAUAGCAGGACUUGAAGCAAUGAAAGAAGCAUAUGGCACUUGUGAAGCUAAACACCAGCCCCCUCUUCGGUUGGACCUUCUGCUUGAGACCUGUAUGUGACUUUCCACCUGUGCUCUGUUGUUCUGGAAUCUACUGACUUUGAUUACAGGAAGGUCUCUGAAGAUUUGUAUCAAAUGACGUCAAUGGCCAGCUUGUUUUCUUUUACUAGUCCAGCAGUGAAGCGAUUGUUGGGCUGGAAACAAGGUGAUGAGGAGGAAAAAUGGGCAGAAAAAGCAGUCGAUGCUUUGGUGAAAAAGCUAAAAAAGAAGAAGGGUGCCAUGGAGGAGCUGGAGAAAGCCUUGAGCAGCCCCGGACAACCGAGCAAAUGUGUCACUAUUCCCAGGUCUUUAGACGGACGCCUGCAAGUUUCUCACAGAAAAGGCUUACCCCAUGUUAUAUAUUGUCGUGUUUGGCGCUGGCCAGAUUUGCAGAGCCAUCAUGAGCUAAAGCCAUUGGAUAUUUGCGAAUUUCCUUUUGGAUCUAAGCAAAAAGAAGUUUGUAUCAACCCAUACCACUAUAAGAGAGUGGAGAGUCCAGUCUUACCUCCAGUGUUAGUGCCUCGUCAUAAUGAAUUCAACCCACAACACAGCCUUCUGGUUCAGUUUAGGAACCUGAGCCACAAUGAACCGCACAUGCCACAAAAUGCCACGUUUCCAGAUUCUUUCCACCAGCCCAACAACACUCCUUUCCCCUUAUCGCCAAACAGCCCCUAUCCCCCUUCCCCUGCCAGCAGCACAUACCCUAACUCCCCAGCAAGUUCUGGACCAGGAAGUCCAUUUCAACUCCCAGCUGAUACGCCUCCUCCUGCCUAUAUGCCACCUGAUGAUCAAAUAGGUCAAGAUAAUUCCCAGCCCAUGGAUACAGGCAAUAAUAUGAUUCCCCAGAUUAUGCCCAGUGUAUCCAGCAGAGAUGUUCAACCUGUUGCCUAUGAAGAGCCUAAACACUGGUGUUCAAUCGUCUACUAUGAAUUAAACAACCGUGUUGGAGAAGCUUUUCAUGCAUCUUCUACUAGUGUAUUAGUAGAUGGAUUCACAGACCCUUCAAAUAACAAAAGUAGAUUCUGCUUGGGGUUGUUGUCAAAUGUCAACCGUAAUUCAACAAUUGAGAACACUAGGCGGCAUAUUGGAAAAGGUGUUCAUCUGUACUAUGUUGGUGGGGAGGUGUAUGCGGAGUGUCUCAGUGACAGCAGCAUAUUUGUUCAGAGUAGGAACUGCAACUUCCAUCACGGCUUUCAUCCCACCACUGUCUGUAAGAUUCCCAGCAGCUGCAGCCUCAAAAUUUUUAACAAUCAGGAAUUUGCUCAGCUUCUGGCUCAGUCUGUCAACCAUGGGUUUGAGGCAGUGUAUGAGCUCACCAAAAUGUGCACCAUUCGAAUGAGUUUUGUCAAGGGCUGGGGAGCAGAAUAUCACCGGCAGGAUGUUACCAGCACUCCAUGUUGGAUUGAGAUUCAUCUUCAUGGGCCCCUUCAGUGGCUGGAUAAAGUCCUUACUCAGAUGGGCUCUCCUCUGAACCCCAUAUCUUCUGUUUCAUAGUGCAGAAGUAUUCUUUUCAACUAUAUUUUUAGUGGACUUGUUUUAAUUUUAGAGGAAUUUCCAGUACAAAUACUGUGAGCUGACAUGGAUAAACAGAUAUUUUGGCUUAUUUUUUCUACAUAAUUGUGACCAACACAUUUGUAUUUUAUGAUGAAUCUACCUUUGUUUGUAUUCGUGUUCAUUGUGAUUAACUUUUUAAAAGUAUUGUAAAAGAUGUGGAAUAAGUAUUAUGCCCCGUUCAGAAGUUUGGUAUUGAUCUUAAACUGGAACAUGCUUUUGCUUAUUGUCCCAACAGUUUUUAAUUUCUUAAUUUUUAAAAAAACAGUCUAUCACUUAAUGGAAAUUUGUAAUGUAAGAGUAUAUAUAUCAUGAAAAGUGAUUCUUUUGUUGAUCUUCUAGGAGCUAUGCUUCUAAGAAUUUCUCUGUCCCACCACCUUUUAAAAUAAGCAUAGUACAUUGUUUUAUAAAAACAUACAGUAAGGGGUUAAAAGAAACUAUUAAAUUUUUUAUCACUGCUGUAACAAGUGGUAUUCAAUGAAAAGGUAAGGUGAUGGAUUUCUAGAUGACGUCAUCAAAUUCCCACUUAGAACUGAAUGUUUGUCAGUGUGAUGUGGCUUCAUGCUGUGUAUCUUUUGUAAAACAUUUCCUUUUUAAAAGGUCUCUAGUAUAUGUCAUUUACUCAACAUCUGUCAUAAGUACUACUUAAUAGCUAGUGACAGUGUGUACAUGGCCUGGGUCAGCUGUUUGCUGCUUUGGGCCAAUGUUUCAAGAACUCUAAUUUUGCCGUGCAUUAAUCUUUUUAUUUUGCACUUUUAUGGUGAUAGUUUUUAGUAUAACCUUUGGUAAAACACUCAAGUGAGCUGGCCUUAGACCUUCUCUUUCCUUCCUUGGCACCCCUUUGUAUUAACAAACACUGCAGUUUAGAGACUACAUUUGUAGGAGGUUAUGCUUUUUCUAGUUUAAUUUUCAACCUAGAUUAUAAAAGUGUUACUCCAUAGCUCCAACUAAGGUGCCUGUUAAUUCCCUACGGUUUUAUGGGUGUUAUUAAUGUUGGAAGACUGUGUACUUAAUGCCAUUGCUCUUAUAUCAGACUUCUUAUACAAGGACCGAUGCCGUAUAGCCAUUGUAGGUUCUUUGGUUGGGCCCCAAGGAUGAGACAGACUACUGGUGUGAUAGUAAAUGAAUCAGCAGUGAGGGUUGUCUUAGAACAUUCACCUACCAGCUGUAGACAGACGUCUCUCACUUAACGCAGUGCUCUUUCUCUUUCUGUUCUUUUAGAGCCUACGUGAAUGCUUGUCUCUCAGAACACUGUCUUCUGAGAGGAAAGAUGUGAAAGCUCUAAGGUACCCAUUUAGUUCAUUGUGCCUUGGGCUUUAGGACCACUCUUCUCCACUUUUCUAGGGAAUGGUCAGGUGGACACAGGUAUGGCACAAGAAUGAAAACACUACUUUGAAUUUCCCUGUCAGGAUGAGAAGCUUUAUUUUCUGGUGUCUUCGAUAGUAUAUAGAGCCACUUCAUUCUUCUACUGACAUUGUUAGUUUGGUUUGACUUUCUGUUUUGCCCCUCCUGCUUUUGUGAAGAAAAAAAAUUACUUUUUUUUUCUGUUUAAGGAAAGAAUUACAUGAUUCCUUUUGUUUUCUGUGUCAUUAUUUAUUGCCUUUGAGAGUGCAGCCAUUGGGUGGUUUUAUUCCUUCACGUGAAGUGCGUUUGUGUUUCAGACCACAGUCCUUUGCUGGGUAAAAGAAUGCCUUCCAACAGUCACCAGAGCCUUAAACAUAAGUGUUAUGGAAGACAGGUUUCAAACUUCCAGAGCAUGUCGGACACAUGAAAGAAUUAUUUGCUCAGAAUAGAAUGUAGCUGUUCUUAUUAGUCCUUUACUUACUGGGCUCAAAGGAGUCUCCGGUUGACUCACAGAUAUGCAUACUCCACCUUAGUGAGCUCUGCUGAGCUAUUAGAGGCUAUUGCUUUAUUUUAUUGAUGUUAAAACUCAUUCAUUGGCAGUCAUGUUUAGAGUUAGCAGGACUUUUAUGUGAUUGGCUUUUCUCUAUAUGACAGCACUGAAGCUGUUAGCCACUAAGAGUUGUGGAGAAGUAAAAACCUAUUUCUUAAAACAAAGUGUUUCUUCAAAGUUGUCAACUUCAUACCUGUGGGCUUUAAUGAAAACUGUGCCGUGCAGCUGCUCUUGCAGUGUUCUAAGGGUACUCAUGUAUGUACCUGUGGAUAGAAAAGAAACAUUCUGGUCAAGAAAAAGAAGCACCUCUAAAAGAAGUUAUUUCAGGAAAGUAGUUUAAAAUUUUAUUUAAGGGAUGAUUUAUAGUCAAACUUAGGAAAACAUUAGCACCACUAGAAUGAUCACAUUUUUUUGAGAUAGGCUAUCAUGUAGUCUAGACUAGUCUUGAACUUGCUCUGUUGCUGAGGAUGGCCUUGAAUUCCUGACCUUCCUUCCUCUGCCUCCCAAGUGGUACCAUACUCAAGUUAAUAAGGUGCUGGGGAUCAAACUCAGGACUUCAUACAUGCUAGGAAAGCUCUCUACCAGAUGAGCUACAUUUCUAGUUCAGUAAUGACAUCUGAUGGCAUGCAAAAAUAUAUUAAUAAUAUACUAGUUAAAAGAUAGAAUUUGCAAAUAAUAAAAUUGCAGUCCAUUUCAUAAAUGCAAAAGGCAGAGUCAGCAUCUCAGUAAUGGAUUAUAGCAACAAGAUGUUGAUUAGGAAAUGGCAAAACAAGAGAGGUAUGUUUGAGUAGCCCUCUGCACAAUGGAGUGAUGCCUUCUUGUGUUACCUUGCUAAAUUUGGGAACUGUAACUAGUAGGCAUGGUGUUGGUCUUCUAAAACUAGCACUGAGGAGAAAAUUUAAGAAAUCAGUUCUUAACAUGUCAAAUACGUGCAUCAGAACAUGGACCUUCUUUUUACAUGUCUCGUGGUUGCUUAAGUAAGACCAAGUGGUGAUAGGAGAGGCUGAGCUGGGACCAAGAGUGCCACGUGUUUUAAUGCAGACGGGGAGUCUGAAGGGUCAUAAAUACUGAAAUCUGAAAAGUGCUGCCAAAGGCCUAGAGUUUACCUUACAAAUCUUCCUGAAGGGUGCCUGUGAGGCAAAGCCCCCUCUCCUGCCAGUUGUACCCUACUGGAGGAGAAAGUUUAUAGAAGAAAUGAAAUUUUACUAAUGACUGGAGAAUUAAUUGGCAGUGUCUGUUGAAGUACUGUCCACACAGUUCUGGUCAUUUCUUGAUACCUUUUCUAGUCAUUUCCCUUAAUAGUAUUUUGGAUCACUGUCACCUUUCUCACUUAAAAUACAUUAAUAUCAUUUUUGCUUCCUGAG